AAAAUAAAAAGUCUAGCGAAAAGUCUUACUCUCGCGGGAGGCGAUUCGGCAAGCAGCCGCUCCGCACGCACGACACUUCACAGAUCGCUGCCGCGAGUCGCGAGUUUGCUUCUCCGCGCGGCGACCGGCCAGUUUCUUUCACUGAAAAUUGGGAGGGAAGCUGCCCUGAACAUUUUCCUGAGUUGUCCGACUAGAUGGCAGAUCAACAAUAAGAAGAUAAAAUGUCUGCGGGGCGAGCCAGGUUUGGGUAUUUCGUGUCGAAAGACCAAACUACACAAGACGCAGACAAUGUUUGUGUGCUCGUCGUGCACUACGACUUUAAGGACGCCAAGACUCAGCUACAAGAAUUAACUCAGCUGGAGAUAAAAAAAGACCUUAUCCGGGACGGUGAUGACACGGAUGUAAAGAAUCUGGAUGAAACCUUUGGAAAGAACCGGAACUGCAACUUCCGCAGUAUUUUGUCGCCGGAAAAAGGGAAGUUGCUCCAAUUUCUCUCCGAUCGAGAAAAACUGUUACAGGAAUUUGGCUGUUCAGACGUUCCAUCAGUGUUUGUGCUUUACAUUCUGUCUCACGGUGACAGAGAUGGAUUAAUAUUGACAGAUUACGUCAAGGACGAUGUUCGCAAGAUAGUGGAUGAGCGGCGUGACGGCCAUCUACACCUGAGCGAGUUAUUUGUUUCCUUCACAACAACAGACGUGUUCGAGUCUCUGAAAAAUCUGACUGGGUUUGACGAAUGUCUUAAAUUAAUAAACUUCGGAUCAUGUAGAGGGGAGCUGAAGGACACAAUUUUUCCCGCAAUAGUUGAUAAUUUCAAUAACGCAAACUCUUGUCGAAUCACCUACAGCCCUCUGACGAGAAACACGGUUGUGUUCUUCUCAACGGUCGAAACGACCUUGGCCAAUCGAGACCCGGCAACAGGAACAACUUUCAUCCACCUUACUUGCAAGGUUCUAAAUUCUCUUGAGAAGGACGAGAGUCUCAUAAAUGUCCUGACAUAUAUUCAAAAUGAAAUUCACAAAGAUUCGGUCAAAGGGACCGCUGGACAGACUCCAGAGGUGAAGAUGUUUUCCCAGGACAGAAGUUUUGUAUUCUCAAAGAGUCCUCGGGAUUCCUCGAAAUCUGACGCAAUGAGCAUCAAACGCGAGUUUUACUCUUGGAAAUCAAGCACAGGGGAAAAUAUGCGACGCCGCCUUGCGCUUCUCUUUUCCGCUGUCACAGAGGGAAACAAGCAGUUGAAUGAAGUGCAAACCGCGCUGUCCCAAAACCUAGAUUUCGAGACCAUUAAACUGAAGCUGAGUGGAAAAGCAUGGACGUCCAUUAAUGAAGGUUCCUCGUGGCGAGACUUCGACAUUGGCUGCAUUUUUCUGAUAUUUUUUGGCCUUGUGACUAAAAACUUGGAAACGAAUGAGGUUUGCGUACAAGUGGACGGUCGAGAAACUGCGGUAUCUGAAAUACUGCGCGAGUUUAUCGGGCCAAAAAACGACCAAUGGAUUGGAAAACCCAAAAUAUUAUUCCUUUUGAACCAGGAAACGAGUUCUUCUGCUGACGCGUCCGGAUUUAUACAGCCUUACAUGAGAAUAUCAGCAACAAACCACAGUGGAUGGUUAGUCCUAGUUUUGCACAACAAGGAUGAUCUUCAAAAGCUGAUCGAAAUCUUCAAUGGGCAAAAGGUGAAAACGGAGAAGAGUCUGCAAGAACAUCUCGGAAAUCUGCUUAUUUCCGAAUCAAAGGAAAAUCGGGAUUUUCUUAACUCGACGCUCCAGUAUCCUCUCAAUUUUCCUGACUGGCCCAGUUCUUUUGUUCAACUUAGCUUUUCAGUGACAAAUUCUCAAAAAAACAAAGAAUAUGACGUCAGUUUCGACAGCUUGGUGAACAAAUCAGCAAAAGAAAAACAAAUUUGGCUCUUGAGUUCAGUCGCAGGAACAGGAAAGACGACAGUUCUCAGGGAAAUGGCUUUUCAACUCGGGAAACUAAAUCCACAAUUCCAAAUUUUACGCGUUUCUCUCCCGAGAGUUCCGUUCAGUUCUCUAGACAGGAAUGUGACUGAGAUUGAAUUUCUCGUGAAAGCCACUCAGAAUUCGAAAGAGGAAAUCAUAAAAAGCAUAGAACACAAGCAAUGUGUUGUGAUACUUGAUGGGUUCGAUGAAAUCAUCCGUCCUGAUAACCAAGAAAAAACACUGAAAGUGAUCGAAGCUCUAGAAAAGAAACAGAUAUCCGUAUGGAUCGGAACGAGACCUAACGCAGCAGAAGCAAUCAAAAAUAGGAUAUCAAAAGCUGUUAUAGUAAAGAUUGAUCCCUUGAAAAAAAAGCAGCAAAUGGAGUUGUUUCAGCUGGAGACGGGCAAGAGUCGAGACGAUUGGGAAGAUUUCUUAAAAAAAAUGACAUCAAAGGACAUCUUGAGAAAUCCUUUGCACCUUUCUUUGGUUGCCAAGUACGGGGCCAAAGGAAACUUGUACCAAAUCUACGACAAGGUUGUACGGCACAAAGUGAAAGACACUCUGAUCAGGAAAGCAGUUGACAAGAACAAAGAAGCCGAUUUUGGAGAAAUAUUAGCCAUUGCUAUAUUAGAUCUUCAAAAGUUGGCAAGCAACCACUUCAGAGGAGUUGAACUUCCUGAUUACGUGAAAGACGACCUAGAAAAAAACAAUUACUAUGGCAUUGCCUCGUUUCAAAACAACCAUGGUUUUUUCAUUCAUCAGACUUUCGCCGAAUUUCUCGCAGCCCAACAUUUCCUACGUGAAAUCGAGAAUAGUGGCGAUUGCGACAUCCAAAGCAGCACUGAAAAUAUUGCAGAUUUAUUUUUAGGGGAAUCGUUUUCGUGGUGCAGAAAGUUUGUCGAUCUUUUCUAUUCCACAGUUUUGAAUGACGCGGAAAAAAUCGAAAAGCGCAGAGCAUCAAUUCUAAGAGUCAUGAAGUUGGAUCCAGAUAAUUUUUUGGGUUUGAUUGCUUCCGAUGGCUGCAUAAAUAUUUUCAAAAUGGUUUACCCAAUUAUCACCUUCAGUGAGAACCAAGUGGGAGACCGUAUUACUGUUGCAAAGGAUAGAACUCUUUUGUUCAAAGCAAUCAAAGGUGCGGAAGAAAUUGCAAUCAUGCUACUCGACACGGACUUAAUCAACAGUGAUGAUGAGUUGCUAAUAAUUUUACCUCAUCUGUUGAAUUUAGUAGCUGAAUCAAACGCAUGUCUCUUCUUUGAAAAACUGGAAACAAAAUUUCCAAGAUUGCCAGAGAUGAUCCACUCUAGAAGAUCUAUAAUAGCAGCCGGAGUGUUGGCAGCAAGAAAGAAUCACUGCGAAAUUCUUCAUCUGCUGCUGCAAAAUGGUGUCGACAAAGAUUUUCAAGGUGAUGAAGGUAGCGCCCUAUAUUUGGCUAUUUGGAAUGGAGAUAUAAAAUGCGUAGAAGUUUUGCUUAAGCAUGGCGCGAAAUUGGCCAUAGAUGAAGAUGGUGAAAGUUGGGACCCUUUGAUGAUGGCUGUAGAAGAAAAUGAUCUAGACCUGGUCAAAUUGUUAGUGGAGGAAAACAUCAGUGGACUGCAACGCAACAAAGAAACUUUCGAAAUCAAUGAAGUAGAAUCAGAGUUGAAUGUUUUACAUUUAGCUAUUCAAGAGGGGUUCAUAGAAAUAGCAAAAUUUCUUAUAGAAAAGAGUCCAGGUUUGAAAAACGUGGAAAAUGGUGAUGAUGAAAGUCUUCUACAAUUUUCGGCUAAAAAUGGAAAUUAUGAAAUGUGUCAAUGGCUUAUUGACGAAGGAGGGGUUGACGUGAACACCUUACGACGAAGUGGAGAUCCAAGAGAUUGGUCCAGGAAUGACGAGGACACAAGCGAUGGGUCCUCGGAUGACGAGGACACAAGCGAUGGGUCCUCGGAUGACGAGGACACAAGCGAUGGGUCCUCGGAUGUCGAAGACGACAAUAUAUGCAUGGACUAUUUCUUACUUCUGCAGAAGAGUGACAUUAACAUGACAGACGAGAGAGGAAAAACUGCUCUUCAUUGCGCUGCGGAACGUGGAUAUCUUGAACGUGUCCAAGAGUUGGUCAAUGCUGGCGCUAAUAUUCAAGCUGUAGACGAAAAUGGAUGGAAUGCUUUUCAUUUUGCUUGCAGCAGUGUGCGUUACUUUGAUGAUGAUGAUGAAAUGAAUGAGAUACAUGACAUUACAGUACAAAUUAUUCAAAAGUUGCACAGCACUGAUAGUCAGCUGGCCAAAGAGAAAACUGGAAGAGGUCAAACAGGGCUGCACAUUCAUCUGAAAUUCAGCUAUUGCUCGGUUAAAGUAACACGUUUUCUGGUCGAAGAGAUUGGAGUUGACGUAAAAGCAAAGGACAACAAUGGCUGCACUGCGUUGCGUAUUGCAGUUAACGAAGCAAAGGAUUCCGUUGACUAUUUGAUGGAAAAAGAUAUCGACCUGGAAGUAAAAACCAAACGGGGGCGAACAUGCCUUCAUUUUGCCGCUGAAAGGGGUGAUUUGGAUGCUCUGCAAACUUGGAUAGAACUGGGUGGAGACUUCAAUGUGGUUGAUGAAAAAGGGAUGACUGCGUUGCAUAUUGCUGCUGAAAACGGACAUUUGCAAUUUGUGAAAAAGUUUUUAGUCUGCGCGACCGAGGAAGUCCAAAAUCAAGAUCUUGGCGAGGGUUGUGUUGGAUCUAAACUGAAAGAGAGAUUAAACAGAUGUGAUAAUGAAGGAAGGACAGCACUGCAACUUGCUGCUGAAUCAGGAAAUGUUGAUUUGGUUAAAUUGUUGCUUGAAAAUAACGCUGAUUUAACUCACGCGGACAAGGUAGGAAGGACACCACUGCACCUUGCUGCUGAGUCAGGAAAUGUUGAUUUGGUGGAAUGGUUGCUAAAAAACAACGCAGAUUUAACUCAAAUGGAUAUGAAAGGAAAGAAUGCAAUCCACUACGCUAUCGAAAAUGAAAGAAUGUUACGAUUCCUCAAUGAGAAGAACGGAGAUCUUGUGAAGCAGCGUACAAAAUAUGGAGACACAACUCUACAUCUGGCAUUGAAAAGGAAUGGUGGUGUAACGGAAGAGAUCGCUCUGUGGAUUAUUGGACAAGUAGACGACGACGUUUUAAACGCAAAAAAUGAUUCUGGCGAAACACCACUCUUACUGGCUUGCAGAAAUGGGUGGUGCAGGGCCGCCGAAUUGCUGCUGAGCAGAAAUGUUGAGGUCAAUGUCUCGGACGCGAAUGGAAAAACUGCAAUGCACUACGCCGCAGAAUAUGUAAACUUGUAUUUACUGAAGCUUUUGCACGAGAAAGGUGUGGAUUUGACACUAAGAGACAACAAGGGAAUGAAUGCCUUGCACCACGCCGCAGAAAAAGGAAACUUGUCUUUAGUGAAGCUUUUGCACGAGAAAGGUGUGGAUUUGACUCUAACAGACAAUCAGGGAAUGAACGCAUUGCACCACGCACUCGAAAACUUUGAGGUAGUAUUAUUUCUUCACGAGAAAAACAAUGAGUUGUUGGGACAGCGUUUGCAAAACGGAGACACAGCCCUCCAUUUUGCAUUAAAAACGUGGGACAUUGACACUGACAUAAUUCGUUGGCUCGUUGAGCAAUGCGAAAUUGACUUGAAUGUAACAAACAGCGAGGGUGAGACACCGCUAAUGCUGGCUUGCAUGAAUAGAAGGUGGAAUGUUUCUAAAAUAUUGCUUGAUAAACGCGUCGAUAUACAUGUGAAAGAUAAAAACGGAAGAACAGCCCUGCACUACGCCGUUAAUUCAUAUCAUGAUUUGGUGCAAGAGUUGUGCAAAAGAGGCGCAGACUUGUCUUUUACAGACAACGACGGGAUGAACGCAUUUCACCAUGCGAUAACAAACUUUCAGAUGGCUUUAUUCAUUCAUGAGUUGAAUGGCGAUUUGGUUAAGCAGCGUUUGAACAAUGGAGAUACCUCUCUGCAUCUCGCAAUCAAAUUAGACGAGGACGACAGGGAUGAUGAGUUUCUUGUUUGGCUUGUGGAGCAAGGCGACGUUGAUUUCAACGUGACAAAUGCUUUGAACGAAACCCCGUUGAUUCUGGCUUGCAAGGAGAGAUGCUGGGACAAGAAAUUUUUUGAAAUACUUUUGUCAAAAAAUGUGGAUUUGAACAUAAGAGACAUUGAGGGCAAAUCUGCUCGUGACUACAUUGACGAAUCUUUUCCAUCUCAUUUACUUGAAAGGUUUGAUGAACUCGAAGAAGCGUCACCCAGCAAAUAAAUGCGAAUGAGUUAAAUUCACUUUUUCUUGCUCAGAAUUCGGACCAAUUUGCUUUUUGUUGCUUCAAUUUUAAUUUAAGUUUGCAAUUUCCAGAUUAGCGAAUAUCUUUGUUUUCAUCGUGUUUUCUGAAAUGGUGGCAUAUUUUUAAAAUAUCACUUAAUUUUAAUGAUUUUAAAUUUUGCAUACCAACAUUUUUAACUUCAUUGCAAGAAUAUAAGAGUUUUAAAGAACAUUGUAUUUUAUUUAGACAUUAUUUUUUCAUUUGAUAAAAUAAGUAUUAAAUAUGCAUAGUGUAUCGGUUUUUAUGUUAAAGUUGCUUACAAACCUUUAGUUUCUUUACUUUACUGGCGGUAAGGAAUAUAAUGAAAGCGUUAUUCAAUAAAAUUUAAAACAAUUUUUGAAUGAUUCAUGGGUUUUAUUCCAAAACAUAGAGAAUAAUCUUCGAGCUACUUGUGCAUUUAUUAGGAGUUAAUUAAGAGUCAUUAUGUGGCAUUGAUUUAAUUUUUUAAACAAUAUGAAACUGCGAAAGUGCGAAAUUAUACUUGCAGCAAUAUCUCUAUGCACUAAUAAAUCUUUAUUAAAUUAUUAAAUUAAAUUACCGCAUGUGGAAUGAUCUCCCACCAAAUUUUUGUCUCAACGAAAACUUAAGUGCAUUCAAUGAACUCUUAAAAGAACUAUUUUUUCAAGAAAUAUU